AUGCAUAAUACUAGAGAUAAAUAUAAAAAUAAUUUCGAUGCCAUGAAAUCAAACUAUGAGUCAAAAAUAAAAGAAGGACCCACCGAUAUUUGUAGUUGUUGCGGUGGUUUAUGGUUUGCGUAUUCUAUCAGAGAAUAUACAGUUGAAAUGUUAGUAAAGAAAGGAUUAAAAAAAGAAUUUAUCGAUACAGUUUGUUAUCUAAAACAUGCAAUUAUCGAAUUAUGUGCUACUUGUCGAAAGGACAUCAUGUCAAAUAAAAUAACUAACCUUGCUCUAUCGAAUGGUUUAGCAUUCUAUGAAAUACCGGAUUGCUUGAAAAUCUUGACUGAAUUAGAAGAAAGAUUGAUAUCACCACGAAUUCCUUUUAUGGUAAUUCGAACUUUAGGCUUUUCUAAACAAUUUGGUCUCAAAGGUAAUUUAGUAAAUGUUCCGAUGAAUGUUGACACGAAUGUUUCAAUAUUACCUUGA